AUGUUUAAUAAAAUCUACUAUUGUAUAUCUAAGUUUUGUGGGUUAAGAAAUUCAUCUGAUGAAGUAAAUGAGUUGCAACAUUAUGAAGAUACUGUGCAGAAAUUACAAUCAACAUUACUAAAACAACAACUUAUGAUUGAAAAAAAAAAUAAACUGUAUGAAAAUGAAAAAGAUAAACAAACAUCUAGAGAAUUACAAUUGCAACGUUUUGAAGAGACUGUCAAUAAGUUACAAUCAACAGUAGAAAAACAACAAAUUAUAAUUGAAACUCAGAAGACCUUUAUAGAAAGAAGCUACAAAACGCCCAAUAUCAAAUAUGAAAAAUUGAAAAAUAGAAUAGAGAUCCUAGAAAGGGAGGUGACAAAUAAUACAACUCACAUUAUUGCAAUGAACUAUUCAUUUACGAGACAGAACUUGGGCACUGGAGCCGCUGUUCUGAUGACUUCGGCUCCAUCAUGUCCACUGCCCCCAACACCGCCAAUAACUCAAGUAUCGACAGCUUAUGCACCACCGCCACGGUCACGGCCACCGCCACCGCCACCGCCACCGCCACCGCCAUCGCCACCACCAAUGACUCAAGUAUCGACACCUUACGUACGACCGCCACCGACGGCUUCGCCACCUGCAUCUAAGGCGAAAGUGAAUACUGUUCAACAAUAUAGAAUACCCAUAACAACAGAAAUAUUAAAAUCAGUUAUAUUAAAACCACCUGGCGAGAGGAUAUUCAAAACCAAAGUUAACAAAGCCGAAAAAGUCGGUUAAGUCGACAAGUCCACAAAGUC